CGUCCGUCCGUCUGUCUGCUUGGGUGGGUGUCGCUUCGCCCUCGACUGCCGUCUGUCUGGGGCUUGUUAUUAGCGUCGCGCACGUCGUGGACGCGUUUCAGUCGAGUUUACGCGCGCGCGCAGCACGAACGUCGCGCAAAUCCGCAAAGAUUUGGCCAACGUUCAUCAACAUCGACGUUCUUUUUUGUUUAUGUGAAAAUGAGAAACUUGUGUUGGCCCAGCAUAGUCAGCGUUCUGCUGGCACUCGCAGCGCAGAAGGUGUCAGCGAUUGUUGGCACUGGCCGGGAUGUGGUGCUGACGCCCAAACAGGCGCUUCAGGUCAAUGGCAAGCGUCUUUUCUACGAGGAGCAGCAACAGCAGCCAGCCGCAGACAGAUCCUGGGAGCACACGCUGAAACAUGUCACCUACGUGACGCUCUUCACCGACGCCGCGCUCGGCGCCGCCUCCGGCAAUCUCAGCCAGCUGCAUGACUAUCAUGACUUUCUGCAGACGCCGUAUGUGCCAGCGACCGCUGCUGGCCAGGCACAGGCGCCAUCCUCGCGCUUUGGUGACAUCGUCACGCUGGCCAGCGGCCGUCUGGAGCAAUUGUCUAGCAAUGGCAGCUAUCGUUUCGUUGAGGGCGCCACCGAUGCCAGGGAUGCAGUGCAGCGAGCGGAUCCGUCAGUGGUGCAGACGCGAGCCGUGUGGCGAGUGCAGCGUAUUCGGCAUCGGGAUGGCGAGCAAUCGCCCAAUCCUCGGUAUCACUACGAGAUGAAGUACAGUGUGUCGCCAGUGGCCGCCAGUCUUGGCUGGCCACCGCAGAGCUACAUCCAGAAGGAGUCCGACUAUCCGCAGAGCUUUGGCCGCAUUGCCUAUGAGGAGAAGCGCGAUCAGACGUUUGCCCAACGUCGUCAGGAUCGCCAGCCGCAGGCAACCUUCGUCCGAGGCAUCUUCCAGCCUCCUCCGCCGCCACCGCCUGCAUCCGCUCUGAAUAUCGGUGAGUAUUUAAAGGCUGGACCGGAGCCGCCGAAGAGUUCGCCAAAGAUCGAGCUGUUCCCGGGCCUCUUCAAUUUGGGUCUGCGUCCCAAUUACAUUCCCGCCACCACGUUCCGUCCGAGCUAUCCGAUUAAAUUCGCUGCACAUCCGGAGCUAACGACUCCUCUGGAGCGCUUCCCUCUACCCAAUGAACUAAGCGGCACUGCUGGCGAUGCUGGCGGCGUGCCAGCUGCUGCUCCCCCAGUAACCCAUCACUUUCAUCAUCAUUUCUACAUGGCCACUGGCCAUGGCAACGCUCAGCCCGAGCUCGGAUACCGACCCUCACUGAGCACGCCGACUCCGCCCACUUCAGCGCUCCCCCUUCCCCACUCACAUUCCCAUUCCCAUUCCCAUUACCAUCAACAUGAGCAUAGCGACGAAGGUCAUCGAGAGGUUCAGUUCCCGACGAAUCAUGCAUCAGGCUCAACCGAAUCCCUGGAGACGGACGAGGAUUUGCACCAUAGCCAGGACCAGCAUGCGCUGCGGUCUCCACACGUUUACUCAGUGUACGAUCCAGCGUCUAGGUACCAGUCAUCGAAACUGGCGACGCCAUUGCUCAUUUAUGCAGGCGCUGGUGGUGAAGCAGACUCUGGCGAAGAUCACAAGUCAUUUGUGCACAGUGAGCCGUUAGAGGAAACCAUUUACCGCUACUCGGAACCGGAUCCCCUCUAUGUGCAUCAGAAUCCAGUGGAUGUGCUGCAGCUGGAGACGCCACAGCAACAGCAACAACCACAUCACGCACAAGCAACAACGGGCGACGAAGAGGAGCCCGAGGAUCAGCUAAGCGAACACGUAGAAGGAGGAGAGCAGCGACCAGCUGGAAGUCAGAAGCAAGCCAAGCUCGCAACGACACCAGCAACCACAACAACAACAACAACAACGAGUUCUACAGAGGCGAUGAUGUCCUCAACAACAACAGCGAAGCCAACAGUUGCGGCUACGCCCAGCAAGGCGAGCUUUGUGUCCACCUCGACCAGCUUCACACCGCUGCGUGCCUUGAGUCGCUAUCGCACCACGCCUCGUAUCACGGCUGGCAGAUCGACGACAAGCACUACAACGACGACCGAGACGCCAUCGUUUGCCAAGUGGAAGCAGCGGCGCAAGGAGAAUGCCACCCACGGACCGGACAGCAAACCCAAGAGCAGUUUGCGCCACGAGUCCAAAGUGGUCUUCAUUCCCACCACAACUGCAACGAUAACGAUGACGACAAAAUCGCCUGCUAUCACCACAGAGCCACCAGCGACAACAUCAACUACAACUGUAGCUGUGUUAGACGCAGUGAAGCCGGCUCCUGGGCGAGAAGUAAUCGAGGUGCUCACCCAGAAGUCGGUAAGCAAAUCAGUGAGCAUCAAGGUGGGCGAGAACGGCGAGGAGAUACCCAUCAUUGUGGAUGAUGAUGAGAACGAGGUGAAACCGAGCUAAACGAGAAAUAAGCAUCUAAUCUUUAAAGUGUAAACUUAAUCUUAAGCGCCGUGGCACCCCAAAGAAGCAGCAGCUGAAGCUGUAGAAGAAGCCACAACUUCACUCACUUCUAAUCUUGGGUAUAAUGAAUGCUAUCCAACAAUUCUCUUACAUGAAAGACAAAACUUGGAUACUGUUCACAUUUAAGCUAAAACUUGAAUAAAUUUGUAAGUCAAUCAGUUGACUCAGUGACAACGUUGUCACGUCUUAUUGUUUAUCCCCACUUAGAAAGAGAGAGACUCACCUGCGUCCUCGUUGGCAUACUUGUAGUUAGGCACAGGCGUGACCGGAAUAAGCUUAGCGUAUGUGGUUGGCAUCAUUUCAGUGAUGCGCUGAUGAUACGAGAGUCUGCACAAAACAAUUCAAUUGAAUUUACUUUUACGGUUUGAAAUGUCUCGCACUUACCGCAGACACUUCUGCAGCACCUCCUGUAUGAACUUGGGACGCGGAUGCUCGGCGUCGAGCAGCAGGCAACUGUCCCAUUCAUCCCACGACCAGGUGAACUUAAAGUUACUCAAAUGAUAGCUGAACCAGUUGACAAAGCGAUCAAAGCACGACGUGUUCAUCGAAUCGAUGCGCAUAAACAGAAUCUCCGUCGCCUGGGCGAGCACCUGGGGCAGCGUGCCCGGCUGCAGCUUGCACAGCUCGAUCAGUAUGGAGCCGUAGCAGAUGUCCAAGUAGCGAGGCGUGGGCAUGUGAAACAGCUCCGCAAAGAUCACCUCCACAAUACAGUACUCCAAGGGGAUCUUGUGCUUGAACGGGAAGUUCAGCAGCUGGGCGGCGCAAUCCUUACGCUCGUGAUGAUGCGUCUCGAUGAUGUGAUGCAGAUG